AAACCAAGACUUUGGGUAUAAACUCCAGCUCCUAGUAGCACGACGGCCAGCGCAGCGCAGCGCACUGCAGAUCGAGCGCGCGCGGCAGAGGCAGAGGCAGAGCCAAGCGAAGCGAAGCGGUCGGCGGGCGGGCAUGGACUGGCACGCGUGGCUGUCGGGGGCGCGGCUGGAGCCGGCGCUGGUGUACGAGUACGCGCUGGUGUUCGCGCGCAACGAGCUGGAGGCCGACGACGUGGCCUUCUUGGACCACGAGUUCCUGCACAGCAUGGGCAUCUCGGUCGCCAAGCACCGCCUGGAGAUCCUGAAGCUCGCCUGGCGCGACCGCCGGAGCCGCGGCCGCGCGGGAGCCGGCCGCCCCGCGGCGGCGCUGGCCCGCCUCCUCCUCGGCCGCGUCGCCAGGUACGUGCGCUCGCUCGUGCGCCGCGAGGGCGACUGCUCGUCCACGGCGCUCGUGCUGGUGCCCCCGACGACCCAGCCGCAGCAGCAGCAGCAGCGCCCCGGCGACGGCCGCAGCCCACCAUGCGUCGGCGUCGGCGGCGUCUGUGUCUCGAAGCACAGCCAGCAGCGCCGCGGCGGCAACAAGGCGCUGCGGCGGGCCAGGUCGGAGCCCAAGGGCACCCCGCCCAGAGCCUCCGUCGUCGGUGGGAGGGCCGCCGCGGCCGUGCACGCGGUUGGCGACGACGUGGAGGGCGGGAGCGGCAGCGAGAUGGUCAGGUGGGACCGCCUGUUCCAGGACCUCAAGCCCAACUGACACGCCGCCAUCGAGUGCAUGACGCUGGGACGACGGAGGAAGCAUCAGCGUUCGGAGUGCUAUGUUUAGUAACGGUUUGUGCUUAUAUAUGUUUCAUAUGAGUGGUGAGUGUCGUCGUUGCUUUACUUUUGUUUCCUGUCGAUGUUGUUUGCAUGUACAUGCAGUCUACGUUAGUGAGUGAGUCUAUGGCUGGAACUGGCGAUCGGCCGGACGACGUCUGGUUUUGCCGCCGGUAUGAUCAGCAGAGGCGGCUUCAUCAAGUUGUGGAUGUGUAAUUGUGUAUGUUCUUCGUUUGAACGAGUUUAUACCCUGCUGUUCGUAUGGCAGGAGUUCACUACA